GCGCCUUUUUGUAAGACUUAAUAUUGUGUGCCCGCUGCCCUCCUGCGCUACCCAAAAACUGGCAUUCAACCGCAAAAAUCAAUGGAAUCUAUCAAGGAGGAAGUCGCACCACUGUUGCUCCUGCCCGAGUCAUGGGAAGUACCUGUUGUCCCCGCCGCUCUCUGUAUCAAGACGUCAUUGUCGAACGUCAAACUCAAGCAAUCCCGGUAUGAUGAUAUCUGGAGUGAGGACGUGCACGCUGCAUUUAUGGAAGCCAUUGCCAUCUACCCGCCAAUGGGAAAGCGGCGGCUCAGAUAUGUACGUAUAUUAAAAGAAGAUCAAGAUGAAACCGCGGAGUCGUCUCGCCUCGUCAAGUCGUUCGGUCGGUGUCAACUCAUUCAGUCGUACAUUCUAGAGAAGACCGGCAAGAAUCGUACUCGGAAGCAAGUAUCAAGUCAUCUUCAAAGACUGAAAAAGAAGUAUAAGAACGAUGCAACCAAACGUGCAUUGUUUUUGGAGAUCUCGCAGCUAACUCAAAAGCGUUCUGCCCGCGAAGAACCAGCGCCAUCUUCCGAAGGAAUCCAGACAGAUACAUCACCGUCUCUGUCUUCGUCCUCCAAUCAGGCUUCACUCUUUGGUGGUAUCGUCCGGGAUGGGUUCGAAGAACAAAAGCCGGGUGCCACGUCUGCCAGUUCUGCCAACGGAUCCGAUUACACAUACUAUCAUGCCGACAACAGGCGCCAUUCGUCGUUCGGUGAACAAGAGAAGGUAUCCAACUCCUCGAUGGUUUCUCAGGUCAGACCGUUUUUGCCAAUGGAGAUUUCAACAGAAGAAGAUUCAGUCAGCGCUGGUUCUGAAUUCUCCUUGUCUUUGAGACGACUCGGUAACAAGCUGGCCCCACUCACUCUGCAAUCGGAAACGCCCGACGCUGUUUACUCUUCCGAAGUCCAUUGCUCUCCUGCAUGUCAGGUUACGCGCUACGUUGUCACUCACGAUGUAGACCAACUCCUUCACACUCCUUUGCAGCCUCCGCAGAUCACGCAUUUCGAAAAACGACGGGUCGUUCCAGAGAACGUUGACGGACGCUGGAACUGGCCGGUCAAUGCCCAUACAUCUGGCUCACCUCUGGACUCAGACUCGUAUGCACCCCAUGCGCACACUGCAAAACCCUUGCCGUCACUCUCAGACAAUCGUAACAGGCCUUCUUUCGAUAUGAACUUCAUGGGCGACUUUCACCCGGAGUGCGAGGACCAGCACCACGCUCAAAGACUGUCCUACUCUCAUGCCUACAAUACUUCCUCCUACUCGUAUGCUCAGGACUUGUUUUCACAAGGAUUUCUGCACGCUCAACCGAUAUACCCUCGAUUUCUUCAUGACCCGUGCGCACAUGCGGAGGAAACACUUGCGACACCUCUCAUCAAACCGAUUCCACUAUAUCCCGCUGCGUAUGCGCAUUCAGAAGAUCACACACUCGUCCCUGCUUUGUAACGCACCAGCAGUUUUUACUUGUUUUCUGUCACUAUUUUUACGGUCGCCCAGGCACAUCAUGGCAUGCACUACAUCACGUUAUUUAUUGAUUACAAGGACUCCCCUUCGGUUGGCUCUCGGCUGUAUACUGUGUUUACGGUAAUGACUCGGAUCGAAUUACAAUUGUGU